AUGUCUUCGAAUCGCUACGAUUUAGUCGUUUUCGGUGCUAGCGGUUUUACGGGUAGUCGAGUUGUGGAACUUCUGACAAAAUGCGAUGAGACGGUAAAUUUUGCGGUGGCUGGUCGUAACGAGGCUAAACUGAAGAAGGUUCUCGACGAGGUUUCCAAGCGAACAGGAAAAGACCUCCGUCAAACACCAAUUAUUAUCGCAGACAGUGGUAAUGUUGAGUCACUCGUUGCAAUGGCCAAAUCUGCUAAAGUAAUUAUCAACACAGUGGGACCGUAUCGUUUAUAUGGUGAGGCUGUCGUGAAAGCAGCUGUUGAGAAUGGUGCGAGUCAUGUGGACAUAUCAGGAGAACCUGCGUUCCUGGAGUCAAUGCAAAUGAAAUACGAUGAAGAAGCCAAAAAACAUGGGGUCUACAUUGUUGGCGCAUGCGGCUGGGAUAGCAUCCCAUGUGAUAUGGGAUUCAAUUUUUUGAAGCGUAAUUUCCGUGGUCAACUGAAUCAUGCUGAAACGUUUGCACAGCUGAACACUGGACCAGCGGGUUAUUCGCUGAAUGAGGGAACAUAUCAAUCGCUAAUUUUGGGCGUUGCAAAUAUGGCCACUGAUGGUUUGGGUCGUAUUCGUAAAGCAAUAAUGCCCGAGAAAUUGCCCCGCAGUUCCUAUCGUCCACCAAAAAGGAGACUUUUUCUUGGAAAGUGCAAAAAUUUUGAAAAUUCUAGAGGCAAACUAUGGUUCAAUGAGAAAAUAAAUGGCUGGUGCAUGCCAUUCCUUGGCUCUGAUAAAAGUAUCGUUUCUCGUUCGCAGUACUUCGACUAUACACUCGAAAAAGAACCACCAGUAAGUGAAAAACGAUUUGUUCCAGUUGAAUUAUUCUGA